AUGGGUGCUUUCUUCCCUGCCCAGGUGGCCACGCUUUGGUCCAUCCGCCACACCAACCUGCAGCGACUGCUGGGGUAUUGCUGGGAGAAGCGUGGCAGUGACUCGCCUGCUGCUGCUGUUGGUAGUGGUGAGAGUGCUGGUGCUGAUGCUACAACCAGUCAUCCGGUGGAGCAAGCAGAGGAGAGCAGAGCACUCAUUUUCCACCACCCACUCUGCUCCGUGUUUUCCCCACCAAACACCUCUUACUUACUCCUCCUCCACUCUUCUCCCCUCUACUCCCCUUUACUCCCCUCUGCCCCCCUUUCUCCACCCGCCGUGCAGAGGGGUCCUGUCUUGGCUGGUUGCAUGGCCGUGAAAAUGGGCGACCCCCUCCCAUCCAUCCCCACAGCAGCAGCAGCAGCAGCAGCAGCAGCAGCAGCAGCAGCAGCAGCAGCAGUACCACCACCACCAGCAGCAUCAGCAUCAUCACCAGCGCCAGCGCCAUCAGCAGGGAGGGUCACACGGCCACCUGCCAACCAUGCAUACAUGGACCCAACACUGCAUGCAUCUGCUCGCACCACGCCCACCACUGAUGUCUUCAGCAUUGGUGUGGUGAUGCUGCAGCUCAUCACAGGACGGCCUGCCUUGAUACCCACAGCUGCACGCAACGACGAUCAGCAAGGCGCCAGCUCCGGCAGCUGGGGUGGUGGCACACUCACCCGCCAUGCCACACCACACCACAAGUCCGGUGCGUCCUCCUCUAUGGAUGCACAACAUCUCUUCCCAAUCCUGCAUCCAUCUCCUCCCUUUCAUUCCUCUUACUCGUCGAAAAUUCCCAUCCCUGUGCAGGCACAGCACAUGGUAACACGCAACAUCACGGCCCACCUCCGCGCCGCCCACCUGCCCGAAGCACCCGACGCCAUCGUGCUGCCCAUGGUCCGCCUCGCCCUCUCCUGCACCGCUUCCGACCCCCUCUCCCGCCCCACUGUUACCGACCUGCUCCGCUCCAUCAAGGCUCUCAAGCGCUCCCUCUCCGCCCACCCGCGCCCUGCCCUGCCGGCCAACGUAGGCACCAGCAGGGGUGGUGACAUGCACAGUGCAGCAGGUGGUGGGGGUGCUGCAGAGCAGCAGGGUGGGGAGCAUGGGGAUGUGUUUUUGGAGGGUUCCAGUCAGAAUGCGUUAGAUGCAAAGUUAGACUGGCUUCUGGAGGAAGAAGAUAGUGGUCCGUUUGUGACCGAUUUGUAG